AUGACUGAAGAAAGGAGACCCAGAAUUCAUAUACUUGUUCUCGGGGAUGUCGCUCGUUCGCCGCGUAUGCGGAAUCAUGCUAACUCCUUCGUCCAAAGUAAUUGGGAUGUAAAAUUUUCUGGCUAUGGCAGUCAUUUGUCCACACCAGCUCGCACUGAUGAAAAAAUUGCUUUUUCCUACGUCCGCGAACCCCCAAGUUGGUUUGAUAGGUUGCUGCCCCGCAUAAUUGCAUUAUUUCUUAAGGUAACUUUGUGUUCCUCUAUUCCCCGCUUCCAUCUUUACGUAGAUGAUAUUCCUCUCCAUAAGCCUCUUUUUGCACCUCUUGAGAAACUUCGAAGGCGAUAUGCUGAUGGUGCAAUCACCGCCCGCAGCACCUACAAUGAUAAUCGUCUGGUUCUACGCGCUUUUAAGAGGUGUUCCAGUCCUAAUUGACUGGCACAAUUAUGGGUACACCAUUUUGGAGGCCUCAUCUGGCCACAGCACCCUUACCUCCAAGUGAGUUUCCUAAUCCAUUUAAAGCUACCCCGUCUUUUAAGAUACAGUUGCGUUAGUUCUUUUGCUUUCAUUAGGUAGACGAAGAGGUUAUUGCCAUAAGGCAGCUGCAUGUAAAAGCCAGACCACACAAUGUAUUGUUGUGUUUUAUUACCAAAUACCGGGGUGAAAUUUGGCAAUGGCGUCGGCAAAUUAUGACCACAGAAGCUCGCAGCUCACGCGGCUGCCAUCCCUCGUGAAGACUUCGGCCGAUUCGAACUCAGAAAUAUGACUGGGACUCGUCGAAUGAACUGAGACUAGGGAGUAGAGUAAUCUCAGUUUUUCGGGCGUAAUUGCUUUGUUCACAACUACACCAGAUACAGUAAACGGCUCCAGAUGAUUCCUGUCGUAGCGGUUGGUUUUUCAGCCUCAUGACCUGGUGCAUGAUGGUUGCCUCCGGUCCAUUUGCAACCCCACCUGCAACGGGUGAGAGAAGGCGGCUGACGGCCUCCGAGACUUUCUUGACACGUCGGAGCGCUCACCAGAAUUUGUGGCCAGUGUGAUUUGGUCUCCUCUCGUUUUCGCAUGCUCCGGUCGACGAAGUUAUGCGGGUGUCCACUCGUUCUAUGCAGUCUUGUCGUCCGGCUCACUGCUAUGCGUACCUCUACGCCGAUAUAGCACCCUCGCGCAACUGCAUUUGUAGCUGAUUGGGUGAUUGCUGCUAAAGCUCACUAGUUCCAUCGUAUUUGUUGCUUUCCUGAAUACAUUAGUUUUUAGGCCACCACAAGCCCUGCGGCAAACCAGCGAAUCCAGGAAGGCCAGUCGGUUGUGUUCUCCUUCAUACAUCAUAAACUUUGUGUCCAGAAGGAUGGGGUUGAGAUAUUCGUUGAAUGUCAAAAAUGGUCUCUUUACGACGAAGAUGUCACAUACCAAACUCAGAAUUUCGGUCUGGUGGAGGGAGACCAGUUAGACGGAGUCGACGGGCAGGACUAAUACCUCAUCCAAAAUCAAGUAUCUUCGCUCCUCAUGGCUCUUAUACUGUGUAAUAAACUUUCGAAGAUUGGACUCCAUACAUUAGUAAAACUCGGGGCUGAUGAGAACUUGUUACCGUGCCCGCAUACAAGGAGGUUUCCACCGUCCUACUGAACAGCACAGGCAACGUUCAAAAAAUGAGGAGCUUACUGUAGGAUUGCCACUUCUGUCUCGUGAGGGGCGAGCCCCGCAAAAGCGCUAACGCAAUGUUUUUGACAGACCGACGCAUGGCGUGACCCUGAGAAAUAAUUUUGGUCUGGUCCUAUGAUCUUCCCAGGGGGCAUAAAGAGGGUCCUCCCCACGACCUGGUCCCUACUACAUGUAUCAGGCUACCGUAAGGAGUAGCGCUGGUCUCCAAUGAAUGAGAAUGUAAUAAAGGCCAAAUUGAGGAGCCACUACAGCCCUUUUGUCAUUUCGAAGGGGACCGAAUUAUCCUGUCAACCAGCAACUCCACAGGUCACGACUCUGGACGCGUUGUGAUAGAUUCAAAUGCGUCAGUUUAAUUAAACCGAGAGGAACGAUAAUUUUUCAUGAGGAUUGGCUUCCCAAUGUCAGUCUCACACUUCAUCCGCAUGCACACUUGCAUACUGUCUGAGUCAGACCGACUACUAACCAUAUCAGCCUCAGUGGCCGAUGGAGCUAGACAGCUUGUAUACGCGACCACAUGCGAUUUACUCUCUGUCCCAUAUGCACAUGGCUACAAUUGAGAGUUUCGGAAAAAUAGCGUGUAGCCUUGGGAUGUUUGUGUAUACAGUUAGAGCGAGGUGUUGUAAUAGGGUCUGAACUGUGUUGUUACUGGAGAUUUUCAUGAAUAUGCGAAUUUCCAAAAUGCCUCGAACAGUGUGGGCAAGUAAGACAAACGUUCGGUGUCCUUAUGCAAUGCACUCGCAAGUGACCGGUCAGGCCUAUCCGUGAUUUAAGGUGUGAUUGAAAUGGGUACAAGAUGCAACUAAGUCUACGUGUCUGCUUAAAUGGGAGGUGGCAGUAGAGAUGUGUAGCGACCGGAAUGCCCUUGCUGGUAGUUAUGGUGUUGGCGGUGGGGGUGUUUUCUUGGCUGGGAAGUGGGUUAGUUGUCUUGACACUGCUCUGAGCCAAUUUAUGUACAGCAAGAUCUAUUCGUCCACUGAGUGUCUGUGGACAAUGUAGACACGAUGGAGAGUGUUGGGUAUCCCCGUCAUUUAUCCGCGCUUUCGAGUCCUGCAAAGCUCUCCUUUCGCCUUCCCCGCCGCCGUUUGGUUGACUUCGAAGAUGGAUGCUCAAGUCCUCCCGCCGUUGCACCAUGUUUGCCAGUCCUAUACGGUAUUUCCCCGGGUCACAGGAUUGAUUUUCAGGUGCACGAGUGAGGUCUACAAGUUGUCCUUUUAGCGACGCUUCUGACCACCUUGUCUGCGAAUACCCGUGACGACAUCGCCAUAGAAAAGUCGUUUGGGCAGGCGCACAUCAUUCAUCCUCACGACUUGACCGCUCUGUUACAGCGUAUGUAUGACGUGGUAUGGAGAACAUCGGUUCUUUCCAGGAUCUUGAUGUCGGGAUUCCAUUCCUGCUACCAUCCUUUCGGCAUUCUUCGACAACAGCUCAGCUAAGCGCGGUUUAUAACUUACCAUCCGUAGGCUCCCCAUUACUCCGUCCGAACCGCCCACCCCUUAUGUGUGAGAACUUAAUGCGUUGUGUGGGGAGCUAGACCGUUUGUGGUACGUGCAAACGGGCCGUUUAGCCCUGUCAGCCACUUACUCCCGAUCCCGCAUCAGACGACUGACCGACCCGGACAGUGGACUGGUGCAUUGAAAAGGGGAGGGAAUGUGAAGUCGACUCUUGGACUCCGUCCCCACGACACAUAGCUCACGUUCCUCACGGCACUCAAUCUGACGCGCUUGACUCUAUCAUGACGCAUUAAAUAUCGUAUGCUGGUAGGUUGUAAACUGACGGUACAACUCAGACCUCAUAGUCGGUCCCGUGUGUUUAUUUGGAGUACUCGACUGGAGGACUGUGGAUCUGGCCCAAUGGCUCCUUAAUAUGUUCCCCAAAGGGGCCCUCACGCAUGUGAUAUCCGAACUGAGCACCACCUUUGGGUGAAAGUGUGUUAGUGUGGAGUGGCGGAUUGCUGGGUUGAGAGUCAGGCCGAAGCGGCUCCUUCUUAAAGUGACCUACGGCACUCUCACGCAUAUGAGAUGAACGCUGCUCAACCCCCGUUGUGUAAAAUCCUAGUGCUUGUGUUUGGGAGGCCAGGCCAGGCAUGUGGCAUGCGCAGACAAGGUCACUAGGUAUGUCAGCCACCGCGCCCAUUCCCCACACCUGUCAACUGACCAGCUCGGACAGUGGCUGGGGCCUGGGAGUGGGAAGGGAGAGUGAGGUCGACGACGCCAAUUCGUCCACUGGUUCGAGGCGAGUUCUAUCCAGCAUCGAUAUGAGUUUCUCUGUGGUCAGCACUUGACGCUGGUUAUGCACGACCAAAGUCUUCACUGUGCGAACUAUCAAUCCAAAGUUGGAGCAGGCGGAGGCAAAGAGGCCCACACUCCGCCACAUGUUCUCUUCCGCUGUGGUACUUAGCUCGCAGUAAUCCAUGAACAAGGGGUCGUGGAAAAUGGCCUUGGAACCUAUCAAAGGUGCCAUCAUGCAUCGAAUGUUCAGCAGUUGUCUCUCUGCUCGGUAGUCAGUGCUGAUUCCCAGCUGUUGCUCGCUCAGGCGUCCAUCGUCAUGGCUCAAAACACAGGACGGGAAAGCGUGAAUGCUAGUGCAUAAACCCACUCCACCCCUUUUAUAACCGCGAGUUCUUCUGAGCCUGACGCAUUGUCCGUGACGCUCGCCAUCAUUCCAUCGUGUAAUCGUCCGACUGUUUGCGUGAAUCGCCCCAUACACCCGAAUUUCAGCUUGAUUUUUAGAGUUCACCGCUGGUCACUGUGCCAAAGGCCUUUGUCAAAUCUCCGGAAGUAUUGUACAGGCUGGUUAGCAUUUCGUCGUACUUCUCCCGUAGUUGCCGAAACGCAGACAUCAUAUCCGUGGUUCUUCAGUGGUUCCUGAAUCUUCAUUUUGUUUCUGGAAGGAGUCCCGGCUCCAAAUACAUGCACAAACAAUCGAAUAAGAGAUGGGGGGACGUUUUGCCGGAAAUUUUUGAAAAGAGUGCUACCUCUAUGGUUAUCUCAGAGUCGUCGGCCCCCCUGCGUUUGCGUAUGUGCAUGAUGGUGGCAUCCUUGAAGUGUUGGGGGAUUUGCCACUUUAUAUACUUCCUUUGAAACAGUGAAGCAAGCUUCUCCGUGACUUAUAAGCCACCAUACUUGUCAGUUUCGGCUAGGAUCGCGUUGGUGCCUGGUGCUUUUCCACCAGACCUUUGUUGCACUGUCGUCAUUGUCUUCUGAAGAGUAGGCAGACGGUCGGGAUCGGCACUUUGUGUCCACUUAAGGAAAUUGGUUGCUGGCCUCGCAGAUUGUGUACAGGUGGUUGAGAAUAUACUUGAAGUGCCGGCUCCAGCGAUCCAGAAUCUCCGACUUCUUUGGUAGUAUGGUUGCUCUAUUUUGACUGAACAGUGGGGCAGUCCCCUCGUACGACAGGUCGCCCAUCGCAAAAGGCUAUGUUUAUUAUGUGCCCCACAUAGUGGGAGCAGAACAGUGACAUACAUGUGAAUUAGUCUAUAGUAAGGCAGACUUGCACAGCACCUACCGGACUCCUUCACCCACUCGGCUCUAGUGACAAGACAGUAUCAGGAGAACCAGAGGCGGGCUCGGGCUCAGUGACCGGAACAGUCAAACAGCCCGUCUAUCGUGUCACACACUAUCUGGCCUCCACAACGUUUGCCUGAAUUUCAUAGGGACGGCUCGGAUCUCACAUCAGUGAGCGCCACAAUGGCCGCAUUAACAAUGAGCCAUUGAGCCUGACUUUCAGUUCUUCAGACAUUCACUCCACAUGCACACGCAGUUCUGAUCAGGUGAGUCGAGUUACCCCGUCAUUUGGCAACCUUCAAAGCCAUGACUUUUAGAGCGUCGGAUUUGCUGUAGUGAGAAAUGCGUUGAUUUGGCGUGGGCAUGGGUUCCUGGUGUCGACCUCACUCUCUUCCCACUCUCAUGCACCAGUCGACUGCCGGAACCUGUCAGCCAUCUGGUGAUGAGAUUGGAUCCAAUGGCUGCCACUGCUGCGGUUGCGGUAAUGGGAACGGACGCGGUUUCUAAGACUGGAAGAGGAGGUGCCGCGUUGAUAUUACAUUAGGCCUUGAGGUGUCCGACAAAACCGACCGGCGCGCGAAAUUUCCGUCGACAUCAUGAACACAAUGGAAGAGGUGGGAUGUCGGAGUUAUUGUUCUACUACACUUGAGGCUUGUGAGCCACUCAUUUUUGCUUAACUGGCGGCCAUCCGGUAGACUUCUAAAACUGCCGCGCUACUUUUCACUGCUGUUCUCCAGGCCUUCCAACCCUGAGCGAGACCCUCCCAAGUUGGGGCGCUAUUUACUUAAGAUAUUCCAUACAUCCAAAUUUCAGGACUAUUUUCUAGAGGCCAUCGCGUUUGACCGUGUCGAAGGCCUUUGUCAUAUCAACGAAGGUGGUGUGUAGUCCGGUUUGUAUUUUCCAUGUGGCUGGCGCGCUGCGAAGACCAGGUCGAUGGUUCCGCGGUUCCUUCAGAUUCCACACUGCUUUCCACAAGAAGCUCACGCUACAGGUGCGUGUUCAUGCGAUUAAGGAGGACGUGCGCGACGAUUUUCCCUGCUUCGUUGGGGAGGUAAAUGCCUAUGUGAUUAUCGCAAAACUGGCGGUUCCCCUUGCACUUGUAGGUGUGGACGAUGGUCACAUCUUUGAAUCCUGGAGAGACUUGUCCUUGUUGCCACAUCUGGUAGAGUGAGGUAAGCGUAUCCACCGUCCAAAGGCCGCCGUACUUGCAGAAUUCGGCUGGAAUUGCGUCGGCUCCAGGUGCUUUGCUACUGGAUAUUUAGGGUACAACUCUGGUGAUCCCCGGGCUGUCGAGACUGAAUUUUGGCCCCACUUCAGGGAACAUGUCAGUGGCGUCGCCAGCAGCUGUAGAUGAUCGAUUAAGGACGCUUCUGAAGUACGCUGCCCAGCGCUUCGUAACUUACGAUCUCUUCGUGAAAAGUGCUGUUCUGUCUGCACUGCUCCGCGGUGUGUUACCGUCGGUGUGGGGACCCUAGACCGGCUCCACUGGCGCAAAGGAAUCCUUCAUUUGGGAUCCGCGUAGCCUUGAAUUCCUUUGUCUUUACUAUCUACCCAAACAUUCUGUGUCCCCCAGUCGUUGACAGUGGGAGAAGGCUGCUUUAUUUACGUUGGUCCCGUGAUUGACAGUGACUGUGUGCAGCCUGUUUUCCUCAGAGAGCAGAUUACAGAUUUCUUCGUCGUCGUCGAACCAAUCCUACUGUUGGCGGCCUGCGCGACUAAAGACGUCCAGGACAGUGUAGUGGAUAACGUGCCGUAGUAGGCGCCAUUGCGUUCUACGGCGGCAUUCCAGAUUUGGCAUUUUUUGCGUGAUUACUCAGUUUCUAUUACCGAAUUCAAUAGAACAGUGUUUGACUUACUUUCUGUUCGUCUGCAGAGUUGUAUUUGAAGCCCACCUUGGAGAUCCGUGGUUGUUUUCGAUGACAAUGAUGAUAAUGGCGGCGGUGGUAGUAGUGGCGACUACAGCGAUUGCGAUUAUUAUUAUUAUUACUAUAGUGACUACAGCGACGAUUAUGCUGUUGCACGUCAAUGGUUGGAUUCUGGUCGGGUUUACUUAGCUUAGGCUCACGUUACACUUCAUAUCAGACGUAAGUACCGAUGACUGUAACGCGAUAUUCUUCGCAUAACGGAGCCUCAUGUAACACAGAACUCGUAGGGGUGCUGGUGUCGGACACUUUUUGCCCAUGUCGAUGCUGACCGCAGAAUUUUCAUUCCGUUUUCUAGGCUCUAUAGGCUUCUAGAAAUCAAUUUCGCAGGUACCUUCCUCAGUGCCAAUGGUCGUGUACGAUCGCGUCACUUUUGCGUCUCGCAGGCCCUGCAGCGUGACCUGUACGAGCGAACGGGCAUUAAUGCCAGCGUCCUCUAUGACCUACCGACAGGAGAGUUUCAACCCACCACUCCCGAGCGCGCGCAUACCCUCUUCAAAAAGUGAGCUAACCUCUGUGUUGUUAUUAAAUUGCGGUUUGUUUAUGCACGUUCAUAAUUAGUACCAAGACGUUAUUAACUGGACCUCUGACGUUUGAGUUGAUCUGUACCUUGCCUACUCCUCUGCGCUAGUCUGCUGCGAGCCGCGCUUGGCUGUAUCACCAGAUGUUAGCCGCACAGGUGAUUGUGCCUGGGAGUACUCAAAGUCGCAGUGGAGCGGUGCUCACCUAUCCGGCCUGAAUACUGGCGGAACACAGUUGGGUCGGACACGGAAAUACGGGCCCCUCCCUUUAUUACGGGUACUCUUGCACCAAAUCUCAGGAAGGUGCCUAUUCCCGAGUUCCAACCUCAAUCCUAACACCGAUGUUCAUAACCCCAACUCCCUUGGAACUUGGUGCAAGGCCACCUGCAAUAAGGGAGUCCAUAUUCCUGUGCCCCACCAACGGAUGUUCCAUUUUGACUUCGAAUUGCGUCCCAAAGCCCUCUCAUCCGGUCGUGCGACGAUGAGAAGACAACAGUUGAGGAAUAUUACCAACAGAGGUAGAGUAGAAUAGUCACUCCUCUUUACCUGUCAUAAUCUGCCAGCCAGAUCGUAGCCCCAGGUCAGUAUCUGCUGUACGUGAUAGCUGUCGUAAACAAUGAAGACUACCCAUCUGCCUAUCUCGGCGUAUGCAUGAUGAUGAUAGUUCGUCCAUCGUACAGUGCGUGACCUAUCUCAUGAGAUGUUGGCCGAAAUUCUGAAAUGCUUUUUCGAUUAGGAAGGAUUACUUAGGUGAGGUUACAAUAUUGAGUAUCAUGCAUCAUAGUCCUUUAAUAUUUCGGACUCGCCAGGAUGUUGGCUUUUGAAUGCACUUCUUUGCGACCUCCUUCAGAAACCAGACUCGGUAAAAAAUGACUACAUAUUUAGCAUGCGUUUUUUUAAUUUUAUUUUCGAUGGUGUUAUACAUUAAAAUAUAUUUUAUAAAAACAUGCACAAAAUGUGCUUUCUUUUACUUGUUUAGUAGAAAAUCCCAUUGUCUUCACGUUUUAUACCCGAAGAAAGUGUAUAUUUAGGUUUUGAAAAGUUUCCUAAUUCCUGAAUUGUUUCGAGCCUGAUCGGCCGUUGUACUAGCGUUUAGCGACUUCAGUCUACGAGGUGUAUGCCUUCCGCGUAAGGAAAAUAAUACACUCCUCUAUGCCUUCAACAAGAUGUCAUAUAGAGUAAAUAAAAUUUUGCAGUGGAUGCGGGCUAUGUCGCACAUUUGAUUAGGAGCAUGGGUAAGCGGACAUGUGCGAUGCUGUAUGCAUGGACAUUGCACGGUCUUAAAAAACUCACAAUUAGAAACCUUUUAAAACUAAAAUAUAUCCCUUCUGCAAGCAUAAAAUGUGUAGACGAUGUAAUUUUCUACAAAACGGGUAAAAGAAAGCAUAUUUUUAUGCAUGAUUUCUGUAAAAUAUAUCUGAAUUUAUAAGACCACCAAAAAUCGAUCUAAAAAAUGCAUGCUACUUAAGUAGCCAUUUUUUACCGAGUGUGGGUUCUGCAAGAAGUCGGAUACGAGUGCAUUCAGAAGCGGACAUCCUGGCGAGUCCGAAAUAUCAUGGCUUUACGUCGCAUGAUAAUCAAUAUUGCAACCCCACCUAAGUAAUCCUUACCAAUCUAAAACGCAUGUCAGAAUUUCGACCAACAUUUCAUGAGAUCGGUCACUCACCGUAUUUCACGAGCGUCACCAUUGUUUGGAUAGGCAACUGUGAAUCACGCUUGAUUUGUAUUGUAGUGAGGAAGACUCACAGUGACGACCCUUCUCACUUCUCUCCAGUAAUAAAACAGGCUAAGACGACCGACCGAUAAUUCGGCCCCGUCUGUGCAUCUUACGCACUCCAAUUUCCUGACCCACAUGAAUCAGUUUUCACUCUCUAGGGCCUCACAUCUAUGGAGACUAUCACAAGGUAGGCAUUGUGGAGGGAUCAUUGUACGCAUAGCAGUUUGACUCUUCGCUGUCGACUAAUAAUUCCAGGAUGUGCACUUCUUCAGUUUUCCUACACCAGAUGUGCGAUCCACACAUCAAUCUUGCCUCCAAGUCGGCAGUAUGUUGUCUGUAUUCAACUCCUAAUUGUGGCGGAAGUCACUAGAAUUCUCUCGGUGCACUUUCAUCCUUGCAGUCACUGCAUCAUCCGCAAGGGUGUUCCUGCGAUGGCACCUGCGCUGCAACAAAAGGUCUCAUUCUCACCAAAAUAUUACCAGUUGCCAGAAGUGAGAUCAUUUCAAUCCAACUUCAAAGGAGUGUUCUACAUUUUAGUGAAGUUCGUUUACUUGACCGUUGCGCGAUCUUGAGACCUCAAAGAAUGGCCCGCACCCUUCUGACGCCGCUCCUUAAAAUAACUUUCUGCUUGCCGGGUAACCAACUCUUCCGCUUAUGGGAAAGGCUGAGGCAGUUUUCAGGUUACGUCAUCGGUAAGAUAGGUAACAUUCCCUGCGUUGCUGUCUAACACCGACCAUGCGGCUGUAGAGACUGAAAGUGCCACACUGCCAGCCAGAAAAUAUGUUCGGGCCGAUGGGGCUGUCUUUCCUCAGGAUCUUCAGCUCUAGCGCCUCGAUUUCAUCGUGCUUCUCACGGUCCAGCUUCGACGCCAAAUGCCAGCACCUGGGGCAUGACGGCCUUAUGCCAGGCCAUCAAUGUGAAAAGUAGUAAUUAUUUUUUUCUGUCCUGCCACUUUACCUCCAGGUUGGGACAGAUGUAUCCAGCUCUGGAUGUGUCUGAAAUUCCCGACCAGACACUCUUCACGGAGCGCAGCAAGUCUGGGACUAUUAGCUGGCGUGUGGAUCGGCCGGCCCUUCUGGUCAGUAGUUGUAGCUGGACACCUGAUGACGACUACAGCAUGAUGCUGGAGGCAUUGGAUAUCUACGAUGCCACUGUGGCCUCUUCGCCCAACAUUGCUUACCACAGGCUCUUCUGUAUUGUGACCGGCAAGUAAUACUUCUCUGCAAUUUUUUACUGUCCGACCCUUUGUCUCUCAAGGUUUACAAGUUGGACAUAAAAUUAGUUCAAUGCAUUCUGCUUACUUUUCUACUCUUUAUACCUUUUCUCUUUUCGCCUUGUUAGGGGGGCUUUAAUGGUCUUGUACCGACUUCUACCUGAUACGACUUCGUGUAUGUCGGAUCUACGCGGCGUCAUAUGUGUUCAUAAGUUCUCUCUGCAAAUUUUCGACACUUGCAGCCGCCUGAUCCCGAGCAGCUAGUUGUUGAUAGCGUUUAAUGCAAAUGCUUGCGCGAAAAUUAAUUUGGGGUUAACUGCACUUUAACCGUACUUCACACAGGCGUUCCACACUUCGGGGUUGGGUAUGACUAGCCGAUGACAGCUAAUAAGCCAGAAAUGGCCAUUCCAGUCUCCCUUGUCAUUUUCAGUAAUGUUAUUCUGCCUAUAUGUGUGUAUAUGUAUAUACAGGGUACCGACGAAUACAAGGAAGGCUGGAAUGUCCAUUUACAGCUUUUUAACCGUCACCUUUCAGCUACCUCCAAUUCCAGGUGCCUCACACCUGCCGGUUGUGAUCAGAAAUGUUAAUUAUGAUAGAGUCGCGACCACCCAUCAGGCUACCAAGACAUGCUGGUUCUGUGGUAUGACUCGUAUUGGGCAUGGCUGGCUGCUGAUAGCCACUAGACCAAAAACGGUCAUUCUGGUCUCCCUUGUCGUUGUGACCCUUUCUAUUUUGGUCCCGGAACCCCUUUGGCGUUGCACGUUGGGAAUUAAACUUUAAUGGUAUCAGUCACGGAUACCACUUCCAAACUUAGUUCACCGCCUCCCCCGUUACCAUCUUGUUCCCUUUUCUUGCUCUGUGGACUGGGUUUCGUUAAGUUUAAGGCGCGACAGUGUUUUUUUGGUUCCGAAAGACCAGUUAUCGCCCUCGACGAUCAUCACAGUUGCAGUGCCUGCUGAAUAGAUACCGGUUUUGUUUUAUAUGGAGUGUAAGUGUUUGGGACUUCCUGUUCUGUUUUUAUAUUUGCAAAGUCGCCAUCUCGCCCCUUAACCCCUCUUACCUACUUUAUCACGAUUUCACUUUCCGAUAGGUCAGGGACCACUGAAAGAGCACUUUGCUGAAAUUAUAGCCAAGCGCAAUUGGACACACGUUGUGGUGCUACUACCGUGGCUCGAGUGGUCUGAUUACCCGGUCCUUCUAGGCUGCGCGGAUCUGGGUGUCAGCCUGCAUCGUAGCACUUCCGGUCUUGACCUUCCCAUGAAGGUAUAUUCACUUUCUAAUUUAUUGGCUACUUAUUCGCCCUCCCCAUCACCUGUGUCAGCACUUCUAACAGCCACACGCAACCGAUAUCCUAGACAUUAGGUUAUUUGACGCCGACUUGACGGUCGUACCAAAGAUUGUUGCAGGUGGCAGACAUUCCACGCCGAUCGCAUCUGGUGUCCAGCUCUCACCUGUGGCAUUACGAAAUUGUGCUGGGCGCCGCCGCCGCCACCACGUCACGUUGGCCGCUUCCACUCGUGGCUCCAAGGCUAGUCGACAGGUCUGUCCAAUGUCGGCAAAUUUGUGUGAAGCCUGUUUCAGUCACGAGAGAGGGACCAACCUGCGUUGUCACAGGUCACCGACUGUGUUCACACUCAUCCCCAGUCGUCUUCCUACUGACACAUGAUGGCCAUAGGAGGAGGAUCUUUUUGGGCAAGUAUUCUUCGGCAGAACUCACCUGCAAACCACUGCUACUCCGAGGAAGGCAGUUGGAAUCAUUGUCGUGUCCGACGGACGAAAUGUUGAUCGUCUGGACCACUUUCAUAUUUACUAUUCUCCGCCAUUCUAAGACAAUCGCACUAAGAAAAGCACUGCAUAAUACGUUUGCCUUUCUACUCUGUCGGCAACUACGUAAAAUCAGUAAUUGUUUAUAAAGAAAAAUUUUGCUUCCCAUAAUUAUUUUAGUAAGAUGUGGUUUGGUGGCCCCACCUGAUGGACACAAUACUGCUGGAGUUGGGGUUAAGGGUUAUGGCUAGAGGUUGGGGUUAGGGGUUAAAGUUUGGGGUUAGAGUCAUGGGUUAGGGUUAGGGGUAAGGGUUUAGGAUUAGGGGCUAUAGUUAGGGGGUUAGGAUUAGGGUUAGGGGUUAGCGCAAUCAUUUUUCAACCAUCCAGAGUACAACCGCGCACUCCCAAUGGUUUUUCUUUUUCAUACAACUACUUGGCCUCGUCGCCUGUGCGUUCCCCGGCCCCACCUGCAAAAACCCCUAUUAACACCGGUCUCGUAUUAGAGGUGGCUGGGGUUCGUUUACGUCAGGUGGGACUACAUAACCAUAUCUGACCAUUAUUUUGUGAGAAAUCAUGGGUUUCAUGUUCGGAAUAUUUCGGCUUAAAGUAGGUAAGUACUUUCGGAACUUCCCGAAAUCUGACCUUGUGUAUGCUACUACUUGAAUUUCCAGUGUUUCUUAAUUCAUGUUGCAACCCAUGCCACUUUCUCAAGACUCGUCGAAAUAUUUUAUGUUGCAGGGUGUGCCCUUGAAAUGAUCCUAGCAUAUCUGCGAGAGUACAUACAGUAGACAUGCAUGUGCAAUAGCUUAGACGCUGUACAAAGAUGGAGAAACUCGUGUCCUGUUCCAUAAAAUAUCUUAAUUUCAGACCGUUUUCGGGACGAAAAUAUUCGAUACUAUGUCCCGCUUAUACAAGAGUUCUUGCAGAAAAUGUGCCAUGAAAGCUGCAUUUUUAAAUAUUUCUGAUGGAAAAGAAAGACCCUUACAUAUGCACUGGAAAACAAUCUGAUAGGUGAGCGAUUUCUCCCUAGAUGUGUCUGUGCCGUAAACGUCUGUGAGGAUAAUCGAUAAUCAGAUCAGAUCAGAUCAGAUCAGAUUUAUUAAGGGAAAAGUAGGCGAACGCCUUUGAACUCCCUUUUGGUUACAAUAACGUCAUAAAAAAACAAUGUGUAAGGCAAGUGUGAAAAAAUUAGGUAAGUAAUUACAUACAACAAGCAUUGGUCACUGGUAUGAAUUUUUCUGUGAAUGCCUUCUGUGUCAAGAUUGUACAAUAUCCAGUACGGCAAUGAAUGGACCAAGUAAUAUCAAAGCAAGCGCAUAUGUGGCGGUCAGGUGAUAGCGAAAAUUGUAAAACGUAAUGUUACUAAAAUGUAGGGAGUAGCAUGCUUUUUAACAUAAAACGUUGGAUAGGACGGGUGGCACAGGGGGGGGGGUUCGUUAGUUUCUGAUGCUGUGGAGGUACAUAUCCCUGUACUGGUCAAGCUUUCUCUUAAAUGAGUCCACGGAUGAGGACAUGACGACAUCCACAGGUAGGGCGUUCCAUGCCUUUACCACUCUGUGGCUGAAGAAGGACCUUCUUGCGUCCAGUCUCGCUCCUGUCACACGUAGUUUCAGAGGGUGUCCUCUCAAACUAGUAGUGGUGGCCAGCUCAAAGAAGUCGCCGGAUGCGAGGCAGCAGUCCUGACCCCGUAACAUUCUAAACGUUUGAAUUAAGUCGCCACGGAGUUGUCUGUAGUCCAGGGGAAAGUCUGGUUUCGUAAGGUAGGUUUUUAUGACCUCUGACAAGUUUGGUUGCCCGUCGUUGGACUUUUUCGAGGGUGCUACGAUCCUUAACAGUCCAGGGUCUCCAGGCCUGAAUGGCAAAUUCUAACUGUGGGCGCACAAAUCUCCCGAAGACCUUGCGGAAGCACUCUUCAUCGAACUUGGCAAAUGCCCGCUUGAUGAGAUAUAAGCUGGACAUUGCAGAUUUCGCUGCUUUCAAGCAGUGGAAUGAUGGCUUUAGUGAAGAUGUUAUCCACACCCCUAGGUCUUUCUGAACCUCUACCAGUGGCAGCGGUGUGUGAUUUAGAUAGUACGUCUGCCGGUGCGCAGAGCUGGUUCUGCCAAUCCUCAGAAUGUUGCAUUUGGUAACAUUAAAUGGGAGGAGCCAGUGGCCUGACCAUUUUUCGAGUCGGUCUAAGUUUGCCUGUAAAUUUGCUUCAUCGUCCUCGUUGCGGAUGACGGUCCAAAGCUUUAUAUCGUCAGCAAACAUUGCAAUCUUGCAGUCCAAUCCAUGGAUACAGUCAUCAAUAUAGAUGAGGAAGAGGAUAGGGCCAAGAACGGAGCCCUGAGGUACUCCGCUAGUAACCGUCACCUCUGCCGAGUGCUGGCCACCAAGACGAACAUUCUGGGACCGACCGACCAAAAAGUUUUCAAUCCACUUCAAAAGCUUGCCUCUUACCCCUAUGCGGCUGAGCUUAUGUAGGAGACUUUGGUGUGGCACGCUGUCAAAUGCCUUCUUGAAGUCUACGUAGGCCACAUGCACAACGUUUCCUUCAUCAAUCGCUCGGGUCCACUGUUCAGUCGACCUAUCAGGGCCUGUGAAUCGGUAUGAGGUCAUGCCUAACAUUUCUCAGUCCUGAGAAGAAGACUGCCGGAGGACCUCGUUUACUCCCGAUGGUCAUUGGCAGCCGUCGUUUCCCUCACUGUUACCUCGAAGGACAGCCCUGUCUUCACCUUGUGUUGAGGCUCAGGAACAUUGACUUAACUUUUUAAAUGUGUUUUCACUAAAGAAAAUACUGACGAGGUGCAAUGAUAACCGACAUGGGGCCAAAUCUUAAGCUACUUCAUGCUUUGUUUAUUGUCCUGAGCUUUCAGACUCGUGCAGGAGUCCAUCGUCAGAGGUAGUAGCAGCAACAGAACAGAACAGUCUUGCGCCGUCGGUCGGUGAUUUGCCUACAUGCCUUAUAACUGUCGCUUGUUCUGAUGCUGCUGCUGCUGCUGCUGCUGCUGCUGCUGCUGCUGCUGCUGCUGCUGCUGCUGCUGCUGCUGCUGCUGCUGCUGCUGCUGCUGCUGCUACUACCUCCGACGAUGGACUCCUGCACGAGUCUGAAAGCUCAGGACAAUAAACAAAGUGUUCCGGUGCUCGACUCUUCUUCAUCACUUAUGCAUACACCUGGAACUCGAAAUUUCGCCUUCAUAUAAUUUGGUCAUAAGACGUUUAUUAACCUCUGUAUAUUUUUGUGUAAAACCUCCGCCAUGCUGCAUGCUGUGUGCUUUCUCCUGGGAAAACUCAAUUCAGACGUCUCAAAACAGUAUGCACACUUCGGAUUAUUAUAAAGUCAGUGUUCGUCAAAAUUAAUUUCAUGUUAGAAGUAGAACAAGACCCAGAGGCGUUGUUUGUUUUGUCAGCCCAAGCAUCAAGACUCAUUUCGUAAUUUUUUGAGUUCGUCGUCCUAACUCUCUCAUCUACGCCCAUUUUCUACGUUUGUUUAAUGGUGAGCCCUGCCGUUUAGUCUGCCGAAGUUGACUUUAUUUAGUUGUCCGCCGCAACGCCUGCUACCACUAUAGCACUCUAUCGAGUUCCCAGAGCUAUGUUUGUAUCCGCCCUCUGCAACCAGGUUGUCGACUUUUUCGGCGCCGAAGUUCCAACAUUGGCCCUCGCCUACCCCACCCUGCCUGAACUCCUGUCUGACAAGGUGGUGGGCCGCCAUUUCUCCACUGUGGAUGAGUUGGCGUCCCAGCUCACCUCCCUGUUGAUGCCCAAGGAGGACUUUGAGGGUCCCGCGGAGUCCCAGGAACUCGCCCGUUACCGAGACAAUCUUCAUCGGCGCAGACAGUCUGGUCUGCAGGACUGGCACACCCAGUGGCGAAGGAUCGUCUUGCCCGUCUGCAAGCGCUUGCUGCCUACUCGCUCUGACAAAACAGCCUAG